GGAAAUAGUAUGCUCUGACUGGCGUGUGCGGGAACGUCGGUGACGUCAUGAGGUUUGUAGGAAAUAACGUGCUGGCCGCCAUAAUUUGACGUGUUGGUAGCAAAAUGAUGAAAAAUAGAGUGGGCAGUCGAGGCCGUGGCUUCGGUAAAGUGUCCAAAAAGAUGGCAGAGAUGUCCGUAAUAAAGAUCACAUGUGGCAGUGUGAUGGGUCAUCUACACAAGAACAAGUUCUACUGCCCGGGGAUUCACAGAGAGUGUAUUGAAUUCCAAGGUCAAUUCAUUACACCAAAGGUGUUCUCUGUGAUGGGAGAUAAAGAAAAACUCAAAGACUGGAAAAAUGCAAUCAGAAUCAAUGGCAUCCAAGUCAGGAAGUACAUUGAAUCUUCUACUCUGGAUUUCUAUCGCCAUGAUGAAUUUUGCACUGGCAGAUGUAUAGCCAGAUCACCUGUUAACAGAAACAGUGUAAUCUCACCACCAGCUCUGAUUCCUAAAGUGGAGUUUGUGAGCAGCAUAAAUGAACACACUUACUGCCAUCUACCAGAUGACAGUGAGUCUCGGUUGGCCAAUAUUCCAACUAUUGAGAUGAAGGGUAUUCCGGAGCCAGUGGAUGUGAAACCUAACGUGGCGCUCUUGCAGUCUUUGUUGGAAAAACCUAUUGCAACAUCAACCGAAGUGUUGCCCCCAGAUGUUGCUGCAGCUUUCUCCAAGGCUAAGGAAAUAGAUAUUGAGCCCCUGGAAGUCGAUGUCGAGUCAGCAGAGGAAGACCGUCAGUUUUGGAUUGGAAUCAUGGAACUCGGACUCCUAGAACACUUCUUCAGAGAAAUCAAAAUAACUCUGGAUGUAUUCAAAUCUGACCUAGUCACACACCAAGUCCGGGCCAGUGAUGCUGUUCGUGUGAGUAACAUUGUGCGUACUCUGGGCCUGAUGAAGAAGCUGAAAGAGAGGCUGUCAGCAUUCAAGUCUGAUAUGGACCAACAACAGGCCAAAAUUGACAAAGAAAUGGCAGCACUGAAACAGAAGGUGACACAGUUCGAGCUGAGGAAGCAGGCCCUGAAACGAAAAUCUGAGAAGUUUGAGUACCUCAUGGACAUGAGUGCCAACAAAAAAGCUUUCAUCAUUGAGAAGAAUGCAGACUCUGAUGAGGAAGACAAUGAUAGCUGUGGUGAGAAGGAGGUGGUUGACGUCUGCUUCGAGAAUGAGGAGGAGGAGGAGGAGGAGGAUGAUGAGGAUGAUGAUGAGGAUACCAUGGAUGCUCCUGGACUUGAUGAGGAGUUGAAGCGGGAAGAGUCUCAGGAAAGAUUGGUCACUGUGCCUACAAGUGCUGUGAUGCCUACCGAAAGUAGCGGCGGCAGCAGCAGCAGCACGUCUUCACAUUCCAUGUUAAAUCUGUCUUCUGCCAAAAUAACCACCCUUCCUGCUGACAGUAGCAACAGCUUUGUUAUUAAGAACAACUCCCUGACACCAAUUACAGUGUCUCAUGUACCAUCAGCGACCGUGUCUCUUCUCCCACAACCUUCAGCAACUGUGUCAGUCCCACCAAAGACUACAGACAAAGUGAAGAAGGGGACAAUAAUACGUCAGGUCUUGAUGGACACAUGUAAUGAUGGUGAGGCACUUGAGAAACUGAAAGAGGCAGCUGUGAUGAAACUCAAGGAGUCCAUGUCACCAAAACCAUCUGAACACUCUAAGGCGUCAGCCAGUGUUCAUAAACAUGAGAACAUGGUGGCUGCUCCAAAACCUGGACCAGUGAAGGAGAAAAUAAAAAUCAUUGCUCGCUGUAACAUAAUGCCAGAAGCCAGCGAUGAAACAGGCACAGUGAUGAAAAUCAUGCCUGAGACUGUUUGUACAUCCAUUGCCCCAACAUGUGUGACAUAUAACCCCAGCACAAAUACUCUCUCAUCAAGUGGUAGGAUGGAGCAAGAAGGUGAUAAUAUGGUGACUAAAGAAUCCCAACAAAAUCCCACUCAUGUAUCACCAGGUGGGAGCACUAAAAAUACCCCUUCACCUCUAGUUACUAAAGAGGUGAAGAAUGUAGUCCGGACAGUGGAAGUGAGAAAAAGGAAACCAGGUCCCAAAUCAAAGACUCAGUUCUACAAUGUCCCUUUGCCACAUUUGCAAAAUGCCCCUCGUGCACAAAUGGAAAGUGACCUGAGUAAGGUGACAUUUGAAAGUGGUUGUCAGACACCUAUUGAUGGAGUGCGGGAAAAUCAUCCACAAUCUGAAGAAAAAGAAAAAUCACAUGUAACAGGAAAACCAGUUGUGAAUACUCGUCGAUCAAGUCGCAAGACUUCCCACAUGUUUGCAUGGGGUGUGAAGAGCGGCAGCGAAGUAGGUGACACUGAAGCUGAACCAGCAGGAAAGACAGAUUCCGCUGAACCAGCAGGAAAGACAGAUUCCGAAAUGGACAGUCCUGAUAAGCUUUAUACAAUCGAGAGGUCUCAACCUUCAGAUAUGACUGAAAUUAGACAUAAGUUUUCUUGGGACGUGGAGUAGAUGUGUAUAUAUGGCAUGGAUGUCAGCUUCCUUUAUAAGAUUUCUACAGUGUGUGCAUUUGUUGAUCAAAUGGCAACAUACUGAAUCUUCUUGUGCUUAUCUAAAAAUGGGAUACCUCUGGAUGAUUCCAGCAACA